CCCCGCCCGAAUCGUCGUAGACAUCGGUCACUGACAACUGGUUGGUAUCUGUGCCCAUUCCAGUCGCUUAGCACGGAGCGUGGUGCCAAAAUCCUCGUCGACCGUGGUUGCUACCUUCUUGCGGUUCGUCCUGUUAGCACGGGCCUGCCUAAGCAACGUUCUGCUGCUUAGCACCUCGGCGCUCUAAAUAAGCGCGGCCCUGCAUGGAGGAGUACAAGGAAGAGAAGAUGCCAUGAGUGGGGAAUACUGGGGUGGAACUGUAGUUGAUGCCGUUCCUCGGGAGGUCAUAUCGGAGCCGUUUUCUUGUUGUCAGCGGCUGCCCGACCGUCAUGAGCUGAAAAAAAACAUCGCGCGGAUCGGACCCCGUGCGUCGGGGGAGAAAGACUACGAACAAACAUCGUGCAGGAUACCUGCUCUGGUGCCACGGUGGCCCUGCGAUGGGAGGAGGUGGAGGAGGCGAGCGAAGAGGAAGAGCGAGGCGCCCACUGGGCCAGGCAGGAAAAACCGCCUGCUGCCAGGAUACUGGCUGCCAGGGCGGAAAACGGCCGCCCGCGCCGCACCCCGAGCGCGGAGCGCGGCGCGCACCAGAGAGGACGCCCGGCCAAGAGACAGUCUGGAGCCGCUCGCACAGGCGGCGGAGGAGGAGGAGGAGGAGGAGGAGGAGGACGAGGAGGAGGACGUCGAGGAGGAGGAGGAGGAGGCGCCGCAGUGCCGCCGCGCGCGAACGUGGCGCGCUGCGAGCGGCGCGCCCAGCACGCCCGGGCCGGCUCCCGCCCACGUGCACGGGAGGGAGCGCAGAGGAGAGGAGGGGAGCCAUGGAGGAGCGGGACGACGGUGAGCGUCGAGCAAAGGGGGCGAGAACGGACGGGAAAGCUGCAGAUGCAAGGUCAGCAGCUCGCCUUCGGCGCCGCCGAUGCAGCGCAGCGCAACACUGCAGCCACGUCGUAAGAGCACAGUGGGGCGCCGCCACAUACGCGCGAGUGCGAAGACGCUGGACAUCAUGGCGCCUCCUCC